AUGAGUCAUGAAACAGGCAGGAAACUAGGCUAUGGAAAGCCUGAACACUUUGAUGUGGAAGUGAUUGCUGUUAUUUCAGAGAUAAAUACCUUCUUGGAAGAUCCAGAAUUUGCUGAUAUUAUAUUGAGAGCAGAACAAGCAAUAGAAACUGGAAUAUUCCCAGAAAGAAUCUCUCAAGGGUCAAGUGGAAGUUACUUUGUGAAGGAUUCUAAAAGGAAUAUUAUUGGUGUGUUUAAACCCAAAUCAGAAGAGCCUUACGGCCAGCUGAACCCAAAGUGGACCAAGUAUGUCCAUAAGGUUUGCUGUCCCUGCUGCUUUGGCCGAGGCUGCCUGCUUCCUAACCAGGGGUACCUUUCUGAAGCUGGUGCCUACUUGGUAGAUGCAAAGCUUCAGUUGGGCAUUGUACCUAAAACAAAGGUGGUUUGGCUUGUCAGUGAGACAUUUAACUACAGUGCAAUUGACCGUGCAAAAUCAAGAGGCAAAAAGUAUGCCUUAGAGAUAGUGCCAAAAGUAGGUAGAAAGUUCCAUCGGAUAGGACUUCCUCCUAAGAUUGGUUCCUUUCAGCUGUUUGUGGAAAAUUACAAGGAGGCUGAGUAUUGGCUUAGGAGGUUUGAAGCUGAGCCUCUGCCUGAAAACAUUAGAAAGCAAUUUCAGUCACAGUUUGAAAGAUUAGUGAUUUUGGAUUACAUCAUCAGAAACACAGACAGGGGAAAUGAUAAUUGGCUAAUCAAAUAUGAAAAGACAAAAUAUGGAAAGAAAAUUGAAAGUCAGGAAUCAAACUGGAUUGAUGAUAAGGAAUUGCUCAUUAAAAUAGCUGCAAUUGAUAAUGGGCUAGCAUUUCCCUUUAAACAUCCUGAUGAAUGGAGAGCAUACCCGUUUCACUGGGCUUGGCUUCCUCAAGCUAAAGUUCCUUUUUCUGAAGAAAUCCGAAACUUGAUUCUACCCUAUAUUUCUGACAUGAACUUUGUACAAGAUUUGUGUGAAGAUCUUUAUGAACUCUUUAAGACUGACAAAGGAUUUGACAAAGCUGCUUUUGAAAGUCAGAUGUCUGUGAUGAGAGGCCAGAUCUUAAAUCUCACUCAGGCACUGAGAGAUGGGAAGAGUCCUGUGCAGCUGGUGCAGAUGCCAUGUGUGAUUGUGGAGUGCAGUAAAAGCGGCGGCCAGGGGCGGGUUGUACACCUAGGCAGCUCCUUCACCCAGACGGUCCACUGCAGGAAGCCAUUCUUUUCCUCCUGGUAG